AUGGGGACUACAUCUAAAACUGAAAUUGGUUCUCCUGUAAGCAUCAACAGUGAACAUGAUUUCGCAAGAGUUUUAAAUCGAAUAAGAAACACGGUAGUAAUGAUAUUCAGCGUCGAUCAAGCUAAUAUGGAUAAACGUAACGGAAAAGAAAUUGAUAACAACGUGGAGAUUACAAAGGUUUGUGAAGACAAUCCGAGUUCGGGUGUUCCUAUUCUUKCAAUAUCAGAACAUGAACCGGAGUACGCCGUCGAGGAGUGUUCUCAAGGAAAUCAGUUUUUUAUCCCCAAGGUUGAUGGUGAUCUUAAACCAAAGAUCAACUCACACUUCUUAACUAUAAAUGAAGCAGAGAAGAUGUAUAGGGCAUACGCGAACAAUGCUGGAUUUGAUGUUCGGCUGCACGCCAAAAAAACAAACAAGAAUGGAGACAUACAAACAAGAUGGUUUGUAUGUAAUAGGGAGGGAACACCAAACAAACAGUUUUUUUAUUCGAUGGAUAUGCAGUCUGGUGAAAGGAGAUAUCGUAACACGAACCUUAAACGUUGUGGAUGUUUAGCAUGCAUAAAAGUCCAUUUGAAAAAGGAUAAAUCCGGUUACGAGAUAUAUGAGUUUAUCGAGGCACAUAAUCAUGCGCUGUUCAAUACUAACGAUCGAUGUUUCUCAAGGAAAAAUAGACAAAUGAAGUAUACGGAUUACAAAAAUGUCUUGAAUAGCCCGAGCUACAAAGUUGGUGCGAUUAGGGCUCACCGUAUACAAACUGCAUUAAAUGGUGGGUUUGAGCACAAUCGAUGUUAUGAGAUCGACUUUAAGAAUUUCAAGAGAGAUGCAGUUGCGUGUGUUGGUAAAAAGGAUGCAAAGAUGUUGAUCAAUAAACUAUCCAAUAGACGAGAUAUUGUUCCCGGUUAUUUUUUCGAGUACAAGUGCAAUGAUCAGGAGUUGGGUGCCAUUUUCUGGGCAGAUGAGGUCGCUAGACUUAACUACAAAGAAUUUGGGGAUGUAAUUUCGUUUGACGGGACAUUUCGCACCAACAAGCAUGCGAUGAGUUUUGUUCCCUUUUUGGCGGUUGACAAUCACAAAGCUUUGGUUGUUGUCGGAUCGGCGUUAAUAAGUGGUGAGACAAUUGAAAACUUUACAUGGCUCGUGUGGAACGUAAAUAUUGGACCAUCGGAAUUCGAGACCAAAUGGCAAGAGAUGAUUGAGCAAUACAAUUUAGGUCGUGAUCCGUGGUUCACAGAAAUGUAUGAAAUACGCGCAUCAUGGAUUCCGGCGUUUUAUAAGGACACACCGAUGUCUGGUCUUAUGAAAACGACAUCAAGAUCCGAGAGUUCKAAUUCGUAUAUUAACAUAUACGAAUCAUACUGGUUUGAUUUGGUUCAGUUCCUCAACAAUUAUGACUUUGCUAUAGAGAAACAAAGGUACAAGCAAGCUGUGCAUGAAACAAUAACGAGGACAACAUAUCCAAAGUUGUUUACUCCAUUGCGCUUAGAAAGUCAAGCAUCAAGGGUAUACAGUCGAAAUGUCUUCUAUGACAUCCAAAAGGAAAUAAAGAAGGCUGUAUGGUCUUGUAGUAUAGAGACUGGCGAAUGUCGGGGUGAUCUCAAAAUGUUCAUUAUAAGCCACAAGAAAAAGAAAUCGCAUGUCAACACCACGUAUCUGGUAUCCCGAAACUACACAACCAACACGGUCGAAUGCGAGUGCAAUCUAUUCACGCGUAACGGUUAUCUGUGUCGUCAUGCAUUUAAGGCUCUAAUAAACGAUGAAGUUGAAAGUAUUCCGAACCAAUAUGUUUUACGUCGAUGGAAACAAAAUCUGGUCCCUGUCCAGAUACAAUCCGCUAAGAUUUGUUACGGUGAGGUGGAUGCGGAGAAGGAUAAGUCAAUAAUUGAUGUAUACUCCAAAGUCGACCACAUUAUAAGCAUCGCCCGGAAUGAUAAAUCGAUACUGACUAGAUUGGAGCAGAAUCUCGACAAUUUCACGGUUGAUAUCGAGAAAGAAGUACCGUAUGAAGACCCAUCUUAA